UUUUUAUCUUGCCAGUAAGAUUUUUAUUGCUACCUUCACCGAUGUAGUUGGCAAAUGACAGAUACAUAACCUAAAAAAUGAAAACAAAAAUUGAAAAGGCAUAGGUUAUGUUGAUCUGUCUUAACAUUUCAUAAAAUGUUCAUUAAGAGAUUGUUAAGUAAAAUGAAACGAAAUCUUUUUGAACGUCCUUGCACUAUUGCCGUUGAGGGUAAUAUUGGAAGUGGCAAGACUACGUUUCUCAAGCACAUGGAAAAAUUGGGCAACGUUACUAUUGUGGCUGAGCCUCUCGACAAGUGGCGAAAUUGUCAAGGACACAACUUGCUAGAUCUCAUGUAUAAGGACCCAAAGAGAAACAGCUUUACUUUCCAGUCAUAUGUGCAGUUGACUCUUCUUCAGGCACACACUAUGAAAACUCUCACUCCUUUUAAAAUGUUAGAGAGAUCGAUUUAUAGCGCACGAUAUUGUUUUGUUGAAAAGUUGAGGAGAGAUAAUUUACUCUCAGCACCUGAAUUUUCAGUUAUUGAUGAAUGGUUUAAGUGGAUCAAAACGCAACAAAAUGUGGGUGUUGAUAUGUUUGUCUAUUUAAGGACUGAUCCAGAAGUUGUCUACGAUAGGAUUUUAAAAAGGGAUAGGGCUGAAGAAAGAAAAGUACCUUAUGAAUACAUCAAGAGUCUGCAUGAGAUUCAUGAAGAUUGGUUGCGUCAUAAAACGUUAUAUGAAUGUCCAGCACCUGUUUUUAUUCUUGAUGCUAAUGUUGAUUUGGGAAUGAUAGGGAACGAAUAUGAGAAAUUUGAAGAAGAGGUGCUUAAUAAAAGAAUAUUAAUGGGCAUUUAAACAACUUGUUUGAAAGUUCCAAAGUUGUACUUAUCUUGAUUAUCUACUAUGAGCUGUAAUUGUAUUGCAUUUCAGCUUGUUUUUGUGAUCAUUCCUUUUAUUAAAGCUCAGUAAGCUGUAAAAUGUACAUUUUAAUAAUUAUUAUUUAUAAUAUAACCGGAUGACUGUUUUAUUGG